AUGGAGUCAUCUCUUGAGUUUUCCAACUCUUUGGGCAGCGUGUCUUCACUGCUGACUCGCUGUCGGACCUUUAAGGUGCUGGUGAUUGGAGACUCCGGGGUCGGGAAGACCUGCCUCACGCACCGACUCUGCGCCGGGCAGUUCCCCAGCAGACCAGAGGCCACCAUCGGGGUGGACUUCCGUGAGAGAAUGCUUGAUAUUGAUGGAGAGAAGAUUAAGCUUCAGCUGUGGGACACAGCAGGACAGGAGCGUUUCCGUAAGUCCAUGGUGCAACACUACUACCGUAACGUCCACGCAGUGCUCUUUUUAUAUGAUGUCAGCUGCCCUGCCAGCUUCAACAGCCUUGCCUCCUGGAUAGAAGAGUUCAGGCAGCACUCCCUCGGCCAGGAAAUCCCCAGAUUCCUGGUGGGGAACAAGAGUGACCUCCGUGACCAUAGCAGGGCCAAUGACCAGGUGAGCCAGGAGCGGGCAAUGAGCUUUGCCAAGGCCCACAGCAUGAUGUUUUUUGAGACGUCCGCCAAGAACCCACCAAACAAACACAUUAACAGACAACAAGGUGACGGGCAGGCGCCUUAUCAGCAGAACAAAGUGGAGGACAUUGUCAUUGCUGUUGGUGCCAAACUGAAGAGACAGAAGAAACCCUUAACGGCAAAUGCCUUAGCGUACAGCGGCUCUUUUAAAGUCCUAAAUAAAAAAAGACAGGAGAAAGAGGUUUGGACCUGCUGCUGAGACCCACAGAGGGGACUUGUCGGUGUAUUCAGGUGCAAGAAUGAGACGCUUUAUCUCUUUAUAUG